UCUUUGAGUGAACUUCAGUAUCUACAAGGAAGUCAUUGCAACAGCAGUGAUUAAUGUUUUAAAAUCGUUACAAUGGCAUUAAAUCACAUACUCAGAUUCCUUCUUUGUCUUCUAACCUUCAAAACAGGGUUCAGUGCUGAGAUCUCUGUGUUUGUGCAGACAGGAGAUUCUGUUCACCUGGAUAUACAGACACAACAACUACCAGAGUUUGAUCUUAUAUCCUGGAUGAAUGAUAAAUCAGAGGUUAUAGUUAGAUACAACAGUGAUUCCAAAAGAGUAAAACCUCUUGAUUCCUACAAGGACAGAGUGGUUUUCAAUGAUGUAACCUUCUCUCUGACUCUGAAGAACAUGCAGAAGACAGACAGUGGACUCUACACAGCAAGAAUAAGUGGAUCAAUAAUCACAGAUUUGGUCUCAUACAGAGUAUCUGUUAUAGACUCUGUGGAGGCUCCUGUCCUGACUGUGAACUCAAACUGGUUCAGUGGUAACUUCUGUACUGUGAACUUCACAUGUAGAGCUCAUGAGCUCAUGAUUAACUCCAGCUAUCAGAACAACAGAUGCUCUCCACAGGAAGUGACAUCACAGAUCAACACUCUCAUCCUGGACUGCAGUAAGGAAUACAUCAUUUGUAACCAUAGCAACCCUGUCAGCUGGAAUGAAGACAAAAUAAACAUCAAAGAACUCUGCAUUUAUAAAGAAAAUGAAUUAAACAUUGACCAGACUUUGUCUUCUUUCCUGUGGCCAUUUGUUGGUUCAGUGGCAUUGUGCAUUUUGAGUCUUUUAGUCUUUCUGUACUUCAAGUAUAAAAAAGGUGCUCAGGAGGAGGUAGAAGGUAAUACAGUCUAUGCUCAAGUUGAGGCUGAAGACCAGACACGAGAGAAAACGGGAAACGAUCGACCCAUCACAGUCUACUGGACAUUAGGACAACACAAAAAACCUACAAUCCCCCCUGAAACAGACCAUACAGUUUAUUCAGAGGUGUACAAACAACCAAAUGAGAAACUAUCUGCCAUUUCAGCCGAUGCCUCUUAAAAUGAAACUGGCUAUGUGUCAUGGGGAAGUUGUCACAAGACUUGAUCUCAAAAUGGCUUCCUUUGUCACAUGCCGCAUGUUUUGUAUUUCUUGUGGUUUAUACUUAGACAAAUCAUAAAAUGGCACUUUGAAAGUACAUAUCAAACUGUACUUUACUUUGACUUUUAAAUUGCAUUUUGGCCCAUUCUGUUCUCGUUUCCUGUCAUGUUUGUAGUUUCUUUGCAGUAGUUUGGAUCAUGUUACAUACUCUAACUAUUCUCUGUCAUAGCUUUAAAUGAUAAACAAAGGGUAUGCAGGUCUAAUUUUCAGUCAAAGUUGUUUUCUCUAGCAUUGGUUUAAUAUAUUCAUUCAAACUUCCACAACCAAGCUGUCCUAAUAUUUCUGUGUGUAUUUUGAACUUUUUGUUGUGAAUUCUGAAUCUGAUAUUGUUACACAGAACAUAUAUCGUCUAAAAAAAUUAAAG